AUGCAUAAAUCACCACUCGAUAAUCCAUCCUCAGCAGGCUCAGCUUCGGGUCAAGAACGUCAAAGGAGUAGGCCAAUCAUUAGUGGUCCUCAGAGUUUCCCUCAAAGCCCGGACACAAUAUCACCAUUAAUACCGGGCCCUGGAAUAGUUUAUAAUGCACAUAUACCCAGUCCAAAUAUUCCACCUAGGAUAACACAUAUGACACGUCAUCCUCCUAGCCCAUUCAUGAAGCAUACUCAACAACCUCAAGCAAUUAUGCCAACUUCGGGAAACAUGACAAUGCAAAAUGUAUCAAGUCACCCGAUCAGUUUAACAUCAUCUUCUAGAGGUCCUCAAAAUGGACAGCCAGGAGGAGUAAUGCAACAAUCAGCUACUGCACCUCAAGUAGUUCCUUUAAUGAACAACCCACCAAUAUAUGCUCUCGAGCAUAAUACGGUAACUUAUAGAAAUUUGUCUCCCACUUUAGUCGCUAGACCUCCUAUAGGAAUGAAUAUUAAUACACAACAACAAAAUUUUGAAAGUAAUACAAGUGCACCGUCUAUUCAACAUAAUUUUAAUGCACCGCUUCUUCAUAAUUCUCAACAAAAUGCAUUGAUGUUACCAUCAGCUCGCAUGACAACUUCUACACAUCAAGGUGCACCUUCGAAAUCAAUGUCACAUGCACUUAUACUUCCGGCCGAAUCUCCUCGUAAUAUAAAUGAAACUAAUUCGACACAUGUGCAAACUUCACCUCUUAGUCAAGCAGCAUCACAUACUAAUUCGACACAUGUGCAAACUUCACCUCUUAGUCAAGCAGCAUCACAUUUAUCGAAUCGCAAUAGUUCACGACCUGUUGUAUCUGAUAAUAGUAUUCCAAUUUUGCAACCUGUUCAUCAACAAACACCUACCCACCGCAGCGCUACGAUAUCACCACCUAUGCAGCAUGUUUCUUCGCAUUCAUCACAACAACGCAAUACACAAAAAGCGAAUACACAAACGAUCUCUCAAAAUUCCGUGAAAGCAUCUGCGGUAUCCAAAAGUUCACAUACGACUCCGAGAGCAUCCCAUAGCAAACAAUCUCACAAGACAUCCUUGAAAUAUAGCCAGCAGGAAGCAUCAUAUCAAGAAAACGUGGAAGCAGCUCAAGCUGCUGAUGCAGCGCGAGUUCUUGUCAUGUCAUCAAGACAAAGUAAUAAUAGUAUAAAUGAAGAUUUCCUAAUAAAGGAUCAAGAAAUUGGUUUGACACCACAUAAUAGAGGGCAUAAAAUGAAAAAUAGAGCCGCAGCUUUAGAUAGUGGUGUUAAAUUACGUGCACCAUACGGUUAUCAAGAAGAUUUAGAAUACAUUGAUAUACCUAAUGGUUCGAGACGUCCUAUUAUUUAUCGUAUAUCCUCAACGGAUGCUGAACAGGUUACAGAGUUUGAUGGUGAUUUGCUAGAUAGCCCAUAUAAAGAUAUAAAUGUUAAGGAAAUACUUGAACCGCUAAAAAAGCCAGAAGAUGCAGUAAUAAAGCUACAUUACAAACAUAUUUUUAAAAGCAAUCACCUUAAUUCAUUGGCAAGAGUACUGUGUGAGAAGAUCGAGAAAGAGAAAAUAUUCAACAUGAAAUUAAGUAGACUAAUGUAUGUGCUGCAAGGUGAUGAUGUUAUGCACCAAGAUUUGGAUUUCCGACUUAAUCCACCUCCAGAAACUGUCAGUACACGUGGUGUUAAGGCAGAAGAGGUUGAAGGUGGGUUGGGUUUUGGAGUUCUAAAUGUGGGUUUGCAAGGAAGCGAGAGGAGUAGAGGUAAACUUGCUCAAGAAUCGAAGGACCCAGGAUUAGAAGUAAUGAUGCAAGCUCGUAACGAAUUAACAUCCCUACUUGUGGUCAGUAAUGAGAUAUUGAGGCGUUAUCAAGAAACAUGGGAAGGAUUGAGAAGGGCAAUUCGACGCAGGGAUGAAGUAUACUGUAAGUUGCGUGAAAUUGACGCAUUGCGUCAAAAAGAGGGACAGUAA